AUGAAAAUGACUAAUAAUGUAGAAAUGUCGAGACCUCCUAUCGUUGAAUCUUUAAUUCGGAGCCUUGGGUUUAGCUCAGCAGACAUGGAGGUCAAAUCACAAAAAGAUUCAACUUUGAUUACAACUGAGAAUAUCCAGGACAAUCUGAAUGAGCAUAGUCAGAAGAAUCACAUGGAAUUUGGGCACGAUCGUAUUACCACAAAAGUCUAUCAACACCUGCGAGAUUAUCCAAUUGCAAGAUCAUACUUUGAUAAUGUAAACCGAGUACCGCAACCACGUUUUGUUAGAACAGUGAUUCAUGAUGCUUUGUUUUCUGAAACAUUGGUGCCUUACACCGUGCGAUUGGACACAUCUUUGAACAAUCUUCUAGAUCAGCUGGACCAAAGGGCACCCCAGCUUAAAGUUCUUCGUAUGAGAGAUAUACGAGAUGUCUUGGCUGGACCUUUUGCCAGAGCCUAUGCUUCUUUUGCCUCUAGGACAUCAUCUCCUGAGAAAAUAUCGGAUGUGAUUGUAGAACCUACAGGGAAAAUAGCUGAUCACACUCUUGACGUUUACGAUAAUGAGAGGUCCGGUCGCUAUUGA